AUGACGAAGAUAUAUGCUGUUUCUUAUGUAAUUCUAUGGAUGUUAAUCUUCCGAAAAAUUCAUGGAAUUACAAGUCCUCUUCAACCAUAUACUAGCUACUCAUAUUUCAUUGAACUUGAGCCUAAUGUUGUAGAUCUUUGGUGGAUAGUUGAUGAAACUAAACAAGAAAUUACUUUUGAAUUACAUAUUAAAACAACAGGAUGGAUUGCUUUGGGUAUUAGUCCAGCUGGUGGAAUGAAAGGUGCUGAUAUUGGUCUUGGAUGGAUUGAUCAAUCAGGUCAAGUUCAUUUUCAAGAUCGAUAUGCGUAUAAUUUUUCGAGACCAGUAAUUGAUGAUACUACAAUAGAUUGGUUUGCACUUCAAGGUCAUGAAGAAAAUGGUUGGACAGCCAUUCAGUUCAAACGUUUUCUUGAUACUUGUGAUAGCAUGGAUGUUCCAAUUAAAUCUGGUACUAAUAUUCUUAUCUUUGCUUAUGGUCUUCAAGAUCCUGAUAUGUCUCAAUCAGAUGGUUUAAUAUAUUAUCAUGAAAAUCGACGAGGUUCACGUGUUAUUCCACUUCAAUCUUAUGGUAAUCCAUCAUCAGAAGAAAAGUUUGCUCAUCUGGAGUAUAUAGACUUUCAGUUUCAAGAUUAUAUUGUACCAUCAACUGAUACGACUUAUUUUUGUCAAAUCUUCAAAGUACCAAGCAAUUUUUUAGAAAGAAGACAUGCAAUUGCAUAUAAAACAAUAAUUGAUCCAAAUAAUCGAGAUCUUGUUCAUCAUGUAGUAUUGUAUGAAUGUAAUCCUACAACUGUGUUUGACGAUAACAAUUUACCUAUUGGUGUAUGUGAUGAAAUUUCUGAAAGUAUUAGUGCAUGCAGUGCAAAUAUUGCUACUACUUGGGCUGUUGGUGGUGAUGAUAUAGUAGAAUUUCCAGACAUUACCGGAUAUCCAAUAGGUGGUGAUUUUGAAAUCAAAUAUUAUAUGUUUCAAGCGCAUUAUAGUAAUCCCAAACAAAUACCUAAUCGUCGUGAUAGUACAGGUAUUCGAUUUUAUCUGGGAAAAGAACGUCGUCAAUAUGAUCUUGGCUAUCUUACACUUGGUACAGAAUCAAGUCUCAAUGCUAUUGCUAUUCCACCAGGUGUUGAUCGAUUUAUAAUUGACUCUUAUUGUCCUGGUGAGACUACAAAAAAUUUUCCUCAAACAGGAAUAACAAUGCUUGUAGCAUUUCCACAUACCCAUUUACAAGGUCUAAGUCUAUGGACAAAGAUUAUUCGAAAUCAAACGGCAGUUGAUUAUUUAUUUAAUGCUGAAUCAUAUGAUUUCAAUUUUCAAUAUCAAAAUAUGCUACCAAAACCAAUUCAACUUUAUCCAGGUGAUGAAUUAGCUACUCGAUGUGUUUAUAAUACAAAACACAAAAGCGAAAUAACUUUGGGUGGUAAAAGAACAAAAGAUGAAAUGUGUCGACAUAUAUUUGCUUAUUAUCCUCGUAUGAGCGAUUUAUACUUUUGUGUGACGGUCAAUUCUCUAGAAUCAUGGAAAAAAAUAAUGAAUAGUUCUGAAUCAUCAUUAAACGUUGAAACACUUGAACAAUGGUUGAAACAAGUAACAUGGACAUCAGAAUUAGUAACUCAAUGGCAGAAUUUUUUUCAUGAUGCUUCACGUCUCAUUGUAUAUGGUCGUACAGACAAUUAUAAAUUUCUAAAUCAAGAUAAAUUACCGGAAUAUGAAGAUUUGAAACCAUUAGAAUGUAAAAAAAGUAUAUCAAAUAUGGGUUUUCGUCAAAAUUUUUCAUUUAUUUUUUUCACAUUUAUUUCAUUUUUUACAAUAAUAAUCUCGAGUUGUUAUUAA